CACUCUCUCUCUCUCUCUCUGCACUUUGACACACAUAUACACAGUCCCUCAAACCCCUCCUGUCACUCACUAGACAAUCCUCUAGAGAGAGAAACAGAGAGAGACAAACAGUGGGUGUCUGUUUGCUAAGCUAUAAUUAACAUGUCUUCCACCAAACCAUAAGCUGCCAUGUGUUUCUCCACCGCACUACCACCACCACCACCAACCCCUCAGCCUCCGAUUAUUACUUCCACCAAUGGCGUCACUGUUAAGUCGCCAUUAAUGACCACUCUUACAGACCCAAAACCGGAACAAUGUCUCAGUCUGUAGAGCAGUCCGACGGUAGAUUGUACUGUGCCGAAAACGCCAGCGAAGUGGUCCAAUUCGAUGCCGAUAACCUGAUCUCCGAUUUCACAUCACCAUCGCAACCGGAAGACUCCGUUAUCAAUCAACUCAUCGAUUCGGAGCCCCAUCACAUGCCCCACCCGGACUAUCUCCGUCUCUGUCAAGACCACUCCGUCGACCUCACUGCACGCCAAGACUCCAUCAACUGGAUCCUCAAGGUUCAUGCACACUAUCACUUCAGACCAGUAACGGCGUUUCUGUCUGUGAAUUACUUCGACCGUUUUCUCUCUGUUCACUCUCUUUCGCGGGGAAAUGGGUGGCCGUUCCAGCUACUGUCGGUGGCGUGCCUGUCUUUGGCGGCAAAAAUGGAGGAACUGUACGUUCCGCCAUUGAUAGACCUCCAAGUGUUGGAACCAAAGUUUAUCUUCGAGCCCAAGACAGUACAGAGAAUGGAGCUCUGGGUCAUGGCCAACCUCCAUUGGAGACUACGCUCAGUCACACCUUUUGACUACCUCGAUUACUUCAUCUUCAACCUCACUUUUUCCGGGUCCAAAACCAAUCAUUUUGCCCACAUUUUAUCCUCUUCCUCAGAUCUUACUCUGAACACCACUCGUGUGAUCGAUUUCUUGGGGUUUCCGCCGUCGGUUGUUGCAGCGGCCGCCGUGCUUUCCGCCGCCGGUGAAACUGCCGGAUUACCCGAUACCUGUUACGAGAGAGUGAACAAAGAAAUGGUGAGAAGCUGUCGCCAACUAAUCGAGCAGUACCUGGUUGACACGUGCCCCUCAAAUACUCCAAAGGAUCUGAGAACCGUACCGGCGGCUCCGCCCAGUCCCGUCGGCGUUCUUGACGCAGCCGCCGCAUGCUGCAGCUGCGACACUAGGUCCGACAAUCCCGUUCUCGGUUCCGAGUCAUGCUCGGUCUUGGCCUCCGUGUUCAAUGAAUCGGACCCUCCAAAUAAACGGCUAAGAUCUUCUGCAGAUGAUGUACAGCAACAGGAACCGUAGAUAAAAGACCUUAUUUUUGAGAGAGCUGUAUUUUUCAUUAUCUUUCUCUAUUUGCCGUUGAUUAUUAAUUGGACGGCCAAGAUCAGAGGAGGAGAUGACGGUAACGGAAUUUUUUUUUUAUUUUUUUUUGUGGCACUUGUUUAAUAUUUAUAAUUUUAUGUACCUAAAUUUUGUGACUGCUAGAUUCUAUUCGUUAAUAAUUUGCCUAGUUGAGUAAUUA